UCUGCAUGGAUAAGUCAAUUCUCGUAUGUGCGUAAACAAACGGCUAUUUCCGGUGCUUUGUUCGACUAAUCAGUUUACUUCAAAUGCAGCAUCAUUACUUUUGCUUAUCACGACCAAUUCAAACAAAUAAAUCGCAAUCAAAUUUACUUAUCGCAUCGUAGCUCAUGUAUGCACUGCCACUGGAGAUAAACAAUGACGAUUAUUAACGCGUAAACAAUUUAAUUCAGUUUCAAAUCAAUCGCGCAACACACGAGCUACGCGCACCAAAGACAUCGCAAAAGUUUUCAAUUGAAUUUCGUUUUCAUUAUCGGUGCAAGUUUUUGUUGCAAUUUAAAUUGUUCGAAACAUUCCGAAAAAUGACUAACCACGAAAUUAACGUUCAAGCCAAAAGUGUUCAAGAUUUUUCUGAUCUUAAUGAAGAAGCACAGGAAUUGAUAAAGACGGCAAUCAAAGCUAGAAAUUUUGCAUAUGUUCCAUACAGCAAUUUCAAAGUUGGUUCCGCAAUUCGUGUGGCUGAUGGCACAAUUGUGAGCGGAUGCAAUAUUGAGAAUUCAGCAUUCAGCCCGACAAUUUGUUCGGAAAGAACGGCAGCGUGUAAGGCUGGCCAUAUCUAAUUCAAAGCCAUCGCUGUUAUAGGUUAUCAAGAAAGAUCUUUUACGACCCCAUGUGGUGUGUGUCGCCAAUUUUUAAGCGAAUUUGCAAAAGAUGAUAUUCCCAUUUAUGUAACCAAACCAGAGCCAUCACGUGUACUCAGUCACUAAUCUACGAUCUCUAUUACUGAUGGGUUUCUGUGGAUUACCAUCCGAUUUCGCGUAAUUGCGGGUUUUAAAGCGCAUGCAAUAUGCGUUUCAUCUUACUAUAAAGCUAUUAUGUUCAUCAAUUUUUUGAUAAACGUUAAUGUCAUAAUAAUAAUCCGUUUUGUAAAUGUUGAUUUUGUAUUUCUUACUCUCAAGUAAAUAAAGCUAAAGUUCUUAGUCAAAUAAAAAGUUAUAAUCGAUG